GCGAACUGUCCCUUUAAUACAUUCAUAAAAGUGAUCUAUGUAAUAUCAAAACCUCAUGGUUGAGUCUUUUAUCCCCACUCUCCCAGUGAAGGCUCUCACGCUCUGAUUUAGAGGUCAGUAUUUGUGUUCUUCUCUUUACCCUCAUUCUAUUCAGCAUUCUCUAACUUGUUCUUAAUUUUCUUCCCUACAGAGUCAGAGCAGUGGGAAAGCGAGCGUUUGCAGUUCUGUGGAGACGCGCUGCUCACUCCAGUCCAGCAGGGGGCGGAAGUGCGACUUGACUCCGCCCACAACAAAGAUGGCGCCUCCCGUAGAACACGAGGAUUCAUGUGAACAAGAGGAGGCUGCAGAGGAGCCCAAAACAGCAAAGAUCCGAGACACACCAGAGGAUAUCAAGCUAGAGGCCAUUGCCAACACGAUCGCAUUUCACCCCAGUCAAGACAUCCUGGCAGCUGGAGACAUUGAUGGAGACAUCUACCUAUUCUCGUACUCCUGCGCUGAAGGAGCAAACAAAGAGCUGUGGUCAUCAGGACAUCAUCUGAAGUCCUGCAGGAAAGUGCUGUUCUCCGGCGAUGGACAGAAGCUCUUCAGCGUGUCUAAAGACAAGGCCGUUCACAUCAUGGACGUGGAGGCUGGGAAACUGCUGACACGCAUCCCCAAAGCUCACAAGGCCCCCAUCAACGCCCUGCUGCUGGUGGAUGAGAAUAUCUUUGCGACGGGCGAUGACGAGGGAAUGCUGAAGGUCUGGGACGUGAGGAGAGGAACCUCGUUCAUGGAUCUGAAGCAGCAUGAGGAUUUUAUCAGUGAUAUCACCAUCGAUCAGGACAAACGGACCCUGCUCACUUCCAGUGGCGACGGCACUAUGGGUGUGUUCAAUAUAAGAAGACGAAGAUUUGAACUGCUUUCCGAGUUCCAGAAUGGAGAUCUUAACUCUGUUUGCAUUAUGAAAAGAGGCCGUAAGGUCGUUUGUGGAUCCGGCGAGGGCAAAAUCUACAUUUUUAACUGGAAUGGUUUUGGUGCCACCAGCGACCGGUUUGCGGUUCAGGCCGAGUCUGUGGAUUGUAUCGUGCCGAUCACUGACAGCAUUCUGUGUGCCGCCUCCACCGACGGAGUCAUCAGAGCUGUGAGUGUCCUGCCGAACCGUGUUCUGGGCAGCGUCGGGCAGCACGCCGGCGAGUCCAUCGAGGAGAUCGCGAGAUCCAGAGACACACGCUUCCUCGCCAGCUGCGCUCACGACCAGCUCGUCAAGUUCUGGGACAUCUCCAGCUUACCAGACACCAGAGUCAGCGAUUACCGGCGGAGAAAGAAGAAAGACCGACGCCUCAAAGCUCUGAGUAAUAAAGCUUUCGACACGGGACAGGAUUUCUUCGCCGGCCUUUUAGACUCAACUGAAGAAAACCGGAAUAAAGAAGAUGAGGAGGAGGAGGAGGAGGACAGUGACAGCGGGAGCGACUGAAAAUACUUAACUCCUGCAAUACUGUGUUGCCAUUUCUAUAUUUCAUGUAUAUUUUCUGAAUCAGUUUCUCACACAUGCACACAUUAAAUUAUAUGCUAUUACACAUCUGUAUUUGUAUAAUAUAUCAUUUAGAAUACAUGCUGUGCUGUCAUAAACUUUGUUACAUUCUUUGCCCAAGAAACAUCAAAUAACACGUUCACAUGAAACAGACAGUAUUUGAAACAAAAGUUUCUAUGUGACCCUGGAGCACAAAACCAGUCAUAAGGGUCAAUUUUUUUUU